AUGGUCGCUCUAAAGAAAAUAUUUCAACAAGAACGGCCUUCGAGGCCUUCGACAAGUACUGGGUUUGCGACGGAUGACUCGUACUUGGACUCUGUACCGUCGCCAACUCGAUCAACCCAUCUAGAUCCAAGUCAUCUAUACCCGUCUCCCCCAUCGCCUGCACUUCCGUCGCCAUUUCUCAAAACAGGACGCUCAUUAGAUGUUUCUCAUCAUUUUGAGCAGAUUGAUAAACAAUUCGAGGAUUUACAUCAACAUCUCGGUUCACGGCCGCUUUCUUCGCAAUCUUCUCUAGCGCCCAAUGUCCCAGGUGGUCCGAAUCCAGCUCGAGGUCGCUUUCCAGGUCCCAGAACAUCCAAUUCUCGACAUAUCGAUUUAAUGGAAGCUAUUGGAUCCUCUGAAAUAUAUCGCCAGGAUAAUAUCUCCCCUCCUGUCUCCCCACCUACGAGCCCUUACAACGAAGAUGUCGCAGAACGGAAUAUGACAAGGUUCCUUCGUAUUCAACAUCAAAACGGACUUGCAAGCUCUCGAAUACUAUCUGCAUUGUAUCAAGAGGAUGUGGCAGAUAGGAACAUUGCAAAAUAUAGUGGACCAUGUCGGUCAUUGUCCGCGCUUAGUUCCCGAUCUUCACCUCCAGCUCCGGGAAGAGUCCGCAAUUUGAGCCCUAAUGCACCAAAGCGCAAGCCUAAGAAACAUAAUUGGACUUCUGAUGGAGAUUUACGCAAUCGUUCCGACGGCGUGCCCGUUGAUUCCCGGGACUCAACUCACCUUCGUGUUCAAAGAUCAGCACCAAGUUUGUCCGCAGAGGACGACGCUGAUGAAGAUUAUGAAGAAGCUCCAGCACCGGUAGUUCAACGCUUGGGUAUUCCACCUGCCUAUAAGCAGGGCAAGAGAUGGAGUAACACACCCUUACCAGACAGUCCUACUCUACCACCUCCAUUAGGUGAUACUAGUAAUGGUGACAACGCCAGCCCCCCAGACACACCACCUGUACUUCAACCACCAUCUCCAACAGCCAGGAGCUCUUCAUUAACUCCAAGAUCUCUUUCCCCGCCUCCUUCUGCAGGAACGACAUCAAGGAAGAAUGUUCGAGAUCUAUCAAUCAACACUCAAUUGGCUUCAACGGGUCGAUCAAAGAAGAUCUCGCACCGAGCUAUUCAGCCUCCCACACCAUCCACAGGUGGCAUGAAACGAGCACCUAGCAUUGCAGAGGUCAUGAACAGCCCAUUACCAGUGCAAACUCCCACUUCAGCCGGUCCUUCACCCCGCUUCAAAGUCUCCGAGAUGAUGGAACUCUUCACAAAGGCCUACCACUCCAGCCACGCCUUAAGUCCCCAUCCAACCUACGAAUCUCUCCAAGACGCAAUAGUCCGUGAAAUCAACUCUCACGAUGCCUUUAAACGUGUCCCUGUACCUGCUGCCGCUGGUCCCCUCUUCACCCCUUCAGACGAAGGUGCAUUUGAAGAAGAUUCCCGUCCCUACCUAAACCACAGCGCCUCAGCAGGCCAAUUCUCAAAAAUAAUGAGAAAGAGCUCUUUCAAAAAACACAAAAGAAACACAGAGUCAAGUCGCAGUAUCUCAAGUGUUCCUUCAAGAAGCCUUUUCCGCAAAACCUCCACUCCCUCCCUAACCCGCCGCCGACACACCGACGCACCCCUUCCAUCCCCAGGUCUCCUAGCCGAUGUCCAAAAGUCCGUUCCCCAGACCCCAGCCGGAGUUGAACAACUCACAUACAUGGAUGUCUUGAUCCGCGCUAGCAACGAUACCUCUGGUUCUAGCGCUAGAAACGCUAUCCCAGCAGUAACUGCCACCCGCUCUAGCACUCCCACACCCAAUGCCCCCGGCACAGUCUACUGCAUGCAAGCACACUCCACCCCAUCAAAGGAUAGCAGAAGCAGCCUCUCAGGAGAAGAUAGCGAUGAUGAUAUCAUUCAUCUUCCUAGUGUUGUUGCCCCGCCUCCUCGUGUCCAGAUCGAAGGUGUAGACGAGAACAAUGUCCGCUACGUUAUCGACUCUGCAACUGCAAAUGAUGCACAGAAACUCAUGAGUUGGCCUCAACGUCUUCGCCGCGCUCAGACACCCCAGCCUUUCUGUGAAAAUAGUCUAUCCCCUCUUUCACGAGCGAGGAUGCAGCUUCGAGGUGCCCGCUCGGUAGAGACCUAUUAG